GAGAUGAAAGACUAAAAAAAUAAUUGUCGUCUUGUGUUUAAUGCAAAGCCCUCGGCUCCACCCCACUAGGCCCUCUCACCCCUGCCCUCUCACCCCCGCUAUGCCCUCUCACCCCGCUACAUGACGUCACCAACCGGGCGCCAAAUCAAAAUCAAGAUGGCUGCGAACUGCGGCAGUGGCAGUGCUGGUGGUGCUUACCAGUCUACAGACUGUGAUCGCUUAUUGAGCCUAGAAAAGCUAAGGGCAUCACCAGAACUAUGGCCAGAACAGAUACCAGGUGUGGCAGAUUUUGCAACAAACAGAACUUCUGCAUCAAACAGCAACUCACCACCUAAAUGGAUGGCAGACCUUGAAAAAGAUGACAUUAACCUUUUGCAAGAGUUUGGGAGCCUUACAGCAUCUCAGCUGAUGGAGAAAGUGCGUGGACUACAGAACUUGGCAUAUCAGCUAGGUCUAGAGGAAUCUCAUGAGAUGACAAGAGGAAAGUUUCUCAACAUCCUUUCACGGCCAAAGGGAAGAAUAUGAAAGAGUAAACUAUUUUAUCAAAAGCGUUAUGUAUUACUGCUCCAUUUGAACAAACUGUGGAAGCUUGCAACCCAUUCUAGCAGAAUAAUGAACUUGUCCUAAUUUUAAAUAGAAAAAUCUGUCAUGGGUGCACACAUUUUAAGAGUUUGCUGCUUUUUCUACAUCCUUGUUCACAUUUUCAUUCCCAUAAAAACGAUGUUUUUCAGUAAUAAGCAAUGUACUUUGAGUCUCUACUACUGCAAGAACAUGAAAAUGCCUAGUUCAAGACUUCUUGAGGAAUCAGUGAGUUGCUAAAUAUGUAAUCCUUUUCCUGGCCGUCUGAUACAUGCAAUUGUACAGCGAUCCCUUACCUAUAGUGGGGCUCCAGAGAUCUCUGUGAUAGGUCAAAAUCUGCGAAGUGGCAAUGUUGUAUUUAUAUUUUAAUGCUUUAUAAACCCUUCCCACACUCAUAAACCUUUCCCCCACUCAUAUUCUUUCUCACAUCCUUAUAAACACUUCAUUCUAUUAUCUUAAACCCAUGUAAUUUUAACAUGUAAAAUUCUAUAAAAUUCCGUGAUUCAGUGAAACCGCGAUAUAGCGAGGGAUUACUGCACUCAAUUUGUGCUGGCAGUAAGGGGAAGUAAUGAAUGAAAAAUUGUUACAUGUUAAAACAG